AUGAUUCCCGACAAAGCGCCAAAGGACGACGUCUUUCACGGGGCUGAGGAGAUUCGGAGCGGAGCACACGUUCCCACCUUUGAGAAGUAUAAAGAAAUGUACAUGCAGUCCGUCCAGGACCCUGACAAGUUCUGGGGGGACAUGGCCAAGGAGUUUUUCUGGAAGACCAAACACAAUGGCCGUUUCCUGGACUACAAUUUUGACGUGACCAAAGGAGAUAUCUUCAUCAAGUGCAUGGAGGGUGCAUCCACGAAUGUGUGCUAUAAUGUGCUGGACCGCAAUGUUCACGACAGAAAACUGGGCGACAAAGUGGCCUUCUUCUGGGAAGGCAACGAGCCAGGCGAUGAGUUGACUGUGACGUACAGAGAGCUGCUGAACAGUGUUUGUCGCUUUGCUAAUGUCUUGAAGUCACAGGGUGUGAAGAAAGGUGACCGUGUUGCCAUAUACAUGCCCAUGGUUGUGGAGCUGGUGGUAGCCAUGUUGGCCUGCGCUCGCAUUGGGGCUGUUCACUCGAUUGUGUUUGCAGGUUUUUCUGCGGAGUCUCUGUGUGAAAGGAUUGUGGACUCUCAGUGUUCACUUCUCAUAACUGCCGAUGGCUUCUACCGAGGGGAUAAACUCAUCAACCUGAAACUGUUAGCAGAUGAAGCUGUACAGAAAUGCAGAGACAAAGGAUUCUCACUUGAAACGUGCAUCGUUUUGAAACAUUUGUCGAAAGAAGCACCAGAGACCUCCCUCAGCUCUCCUCCCGCCAAAAGACCGUGUCCUGACCUCCAGCAGGAGACAGAAACAGGCAGAGUAAGAAAAACUCAUCCUGUUCCACAGGUGCCGUGGAACCCAAAAGUGGACAAGUGUUGGCAUACACUAAUGUGUGAAGUGUCAGAUGAAUGUGAACCAGAGUGGUGUGCAUCUGAAGAUCCACUCUUUAUUCUCUAUACCAGCGGCUCCACCGGCAAGCCAAAGGGCGUCCUUCAUACUAUCAGUGGGUACAUGAUCUACACUGCUGCCACCUUCAAGCUGGUGUUUGACCACCGGCCGGAUGACAUCUACUGGUGCACGGCUGACAUCGGCUGGAUCACCGGUCACUCGUACAUCACUUACGGGCCACUGGCUAACGGAGCCACCAGUGUCUUGUUUGAGGGUCUUCCUACAUACCCAGAUGUGAGCAGAAUGUGGCAGAUUGUUGACAAGUACCACGUGAGCAAGUUUUAUACUGCGCCAACUGCCAUCAGGUUGCUUAUGAAGUACGGCAGCGAGCCGGUGCACAAGUACAAGCGAGACUCUUUAAAGGUUUUGGGAACGGUCGGCGAGCCUAUCAACCCUGAGGCCUGGCAGUGGUACUUCACGGUCGUAGGUGACAGCAGAUGUCCCAUCGUCGACACAUUCUGGCAGACUGAGACGGGAGGACAUGUGAUGACACCUUUGCCAGCAGCUACACCUAUGAAGCCAGGAUCUGCUACAUUUCCGUUCUUUGGUGUAGUGCCAGCCAUCUUGAACGAGUCGGGUGAGGAGUUGGAGGGCACAAGUGAAGGUUACCUGGUGUUCAAGCAGCCAUGGCCUGGUGUGAUGAGGACUGUGUACGGUAACCAUGGCAGGUUUGAAAGCACCUACUUCAAGAAGUUUCCGGGAUACUACGUGACUGGAGAUGGCUGCCGUAGAGACGAAGAUGGAUACUAUUGGAUUACUGGGAGGAUAGAUGAUAUGCUAAACGUCUCAGGUCACUUGCUGAGCACAGCAGAGGUGGAGUCUGCAUUGGUGGGGCAUGAGGCUGUUGCUGAGGCUGCUGUAGUGGGUCGACCUCAUCCUGUCAAAGGAGAAAGUCUCUACUGCUUUGUAACGCUAUGCGAUGGCGUCAUCUUCAAUCGGACGCUGGAGGCCCAACUCAAAAAACAAGUGCGUGAGAAGAUCGGUGCUAUUGCCACCCCUGACUUCAUACAGGAUGCUCCAGCGCUCCCCAAAACCAGAUCAGGCAAGAUCAUGCGGCGUGUAUUGCGCAAGAUUGCCAGCGGUGAGCGGGACCUUGGCGAUAUCUCCACGUUAGCAGACUCGUCUGUGGUGGAGCAGCUUUUCCAGAACAGGUGCUGCUCUGCCGUAUGA